GUCGACUCAAGGAUGGGCAACAUCAAGCAGAUGAAACUGAAGGUGAAGCUGCCAAUCGUGCAAAUACAUAUUGUCGCAUGUCGCUGUGCUUUUUGAAGGCCGCCGGACGUCUCGCCAAAAAGGGAAGGGUGACCAAAAACGCGCUGGGUACGAUUUCCCGCAAGCUGAUGGUGCAACUUUUACUAGGCUGCUCUAGGACUACCUCUAUUGACGUAUCAACACAUCAGCAUAUUGUUCCAAAAACAAAAUCCGUUUCUCGGUCGUGCCUUGGCCUUGUCCGGCGCAAUAAUCGGGAGUCGACGCGCACUACCGGUACUGGCGAGGACUGGCGAACAAGUAGUUUUCGGCUACAACCAGCGCGUAGUACAAUUUUUGCAGGCACAGAGUCAGAGGGAGCAAGUUUCUCCUUCUCGACUCCCCUUCUUCAACGCGCGAGUCAGCGUCACCUGACGCUGCUGGCGCAUGCUCUGGCAAGCACAGGCGUGGUGUCGAACAUUGUGUUGAGAAUCGUGGUUCCCUGCUUUGUAUGAACUGCAAACGCAUCGCACUACGUAGUAAUUGCAAUACAAAUUAGCUCAGCCUCAGCAUUAUAAAUGGAAUCUGUCAUGCUGUUUUACCGUUGAGAUGGAGAUGCAUGGCUGCGAUUGCUACGAAUGCGAUACUUUUGCACAGGAUACUUUGCGUACGAGCAGAUGGACGGCCAGGGGUUGAGCAAUGCCCUCUGGGCGUGGGGGACUGCACUCCGCUACGAGGCACAGGAGGAGAUGGAACGAGAUGGCAGCGGAUUUAUUCCGGUACGUCAUACAACUGGAGAUCUUCAAGAUGAUCCUCUUUGUCAACAUAGUAAGACUAACAAGUGCUCCUCUGAACAAGAAGAGGGAGAUCAUCCACAGCUGGAAUCUUCUGCGUCAUCGUUCUACAUGACAGAGAAGCAUGCUGAGCUUGUGCUAUCGCGGUUGCGCCGCGGUUUGAAGAUUCCAGGAGGACGGUGGUCGUGCAAAAAUGCCGUGGUGCGCGAAGGCUCGGGGUGGAGAACAAGUUUUUCGCCUGUCAGUGUUUCUUGUGCUGGUCCUCGUCCUCGCGCUACACCACUGGUCGUGUCGCCACAAGGGCUGAGUAAUAUCGCUUGGGCACUGGCAUACUUGACAAGAGCUGCGACGGGGUGGCAUGCCGACGAUUUUGGCGGAAAGUUUUCCGUGGAAGUGCCGCCGCCACCCCGGGUGAACAAGCGAAAGUCUGCCUUACUGACGAAGAAACAGGACGCCUGCAGUUCUGCGGUCGAGGAACUAUUUGUACCGCCCGUUUUGAUUGGUAGCCUGGUGCAGACUCUCUGUGAUCUGGCGGGGCAACAAGCGCAACAAAUAAACUCGCGGCAACAAGAACAGGCUUCGGCUGCACCGUCAAAUAAAGAGGUCCUUUGGCAGACGCAGGAGCUGAGUAUUUUCGUUUGGGCCAUUGGAAAAAUGGCCGUGCGCGCAGCUGUUUCGCCCUCGUCGCAGGUACUUGCUACUAGGGUCGAUAGAAACUACUGUCCCGAUGGAGAACGAACAAGUUCAAGUGUUGUCCGGGACGCGGGAUCCUUGGCUAGAAGUAUCCGCUUUGCUUUAACUGCCCUGUUGUGUGGUUCUACAGCGAUUGCAAGUACUUCCACUUCGAGAGUGACAAAUGCGGCUGGCCCGGACAACCCAGCCUUGUUCUGGUCUGCGCAGAGCCAGGCAAAUUUGCUUUCUGGUUGCACAGCGCUGUCCUUUCGCCACAGCUGUUUCCUUCGUCGUUUUCUCCGAGAGGUGGUGUUGCCUUUUUCGUCCCCUGGAAGCAGUACUAGUUGUGCAGAACGAAGUCUCCGGGUCUACUGCACAGGAGAUCAUGAAGAACGGAAUGCACACACGACUACUGGUCGUCCUGCUAUGGAAGGAGGUCUACUGUGUAAUUCCCCACCGACGCAAACCGCAGCGCCAGCCCGAGUUGUGAGCUCGCUGUACACUGCCAAGGAGCUUGUCGUCAUAUUGCACGCCUACGCUCUCUGGAUGGCUGAACAAGGUUACUUUCUUUGUGACGACGAGAAGAUGUUUACUACAGCUCCAUGUAAGCAAAACGCAAGAGGAGCCCGCUCACGUUCCUAAUUACCAAAUGCGUCCUUUGGCUGGCAGCUGCUUGUUAUUCGAUGCUUUAUCAUUUGUUGUGUUGUAUUUGUAGGUCAUGGCUCGGCAAAGCUACUUGAUCUGGGGGAAGAACAAAUGAUGAGGAUUGGACGAUCAGAGUCAGAGCCCCGAAAAAACUUUGAUUCCACGCC